AUGAUGGAAACAAUAGCAAGGAGCUCUUCAUUAUAUUUUAAUCUGUUUACUAUUGCAGACGCAUUAGCAGAAGAGAAAAAAGACCAUGGGGUCUUAUCAACUGAUAUCAGUUUCAAACAUAUGGAUGGAUCACAUAAAUUCUUUGGGAAAGGGAUGAGAAAUUACCUUGGUGAAAGCAAAUGCUUUUUUGAUGCAACUAUACAGUCUCUGUGGCAUUUAAGACGGUUCCGAGAUGAGUUUUUCAGUCUAUCUAGGCAUGUGCACGUUGGAGAUCCUUGUGUUGUCUGUGCGUUACGUCAGAUCUUUGAGGCCCCAAGCAUGGGUAAUACUGAUAGGCAAAGGGAAGCUAUUGCGCUAACCUCUUUAAGAAUCUCUCUGAGCAAUUUGUAUCCUAGUAAUAAGUCCUUCCAGGGGGGACAAGAUGGUGAUGCUUUUGAAGUGUUGGAAAAAAUAUUAAGCUGCCUUCAUCAGUCAUUUACUUAUAAGGAUGAUGCUGAUGAUGCCAAUUCAGAAGACAGGAAGUGCACAGGCUCUUCACAUGGAGCAAGCAAGACUUGUAUAGCACAUACCAUUUUCGGAUUGGACGUGUUACGACGAGUGGACUGUAAAUGUGGUCUUCAGUCUGGAUAUAAGAGCCAGAUUUCUUAUGCUACUAACAUAGCUGCAAGAGAACUCAGACAGGCAAAGAUUAUGCAUGUGGGUUGCCCUUUUGAUGAGCUUUUGAAGCUUCUCACAGUGGAUGAGGAUACUCAAUUCAUUUGUGAAACAGAGGCUCAUGGCUGUGGAGCACCCAACCAUUUCACUCAUGUUCUUUCAACUCCUCCACACAUAUUAACUGUUGUUAUUCAUUGGCAGACGGCAAGUGAGAGUGCUGAUACUAUACUAACAACAUUGAUUGCUCUUAAUGCUGAGGUCGAUGUUGGCAUUUUGUAUCAAGAUUUAGACCAAGGGAGCAGACACGUUCUUGUUUUAAUGGUUUGCUAUCGUGGGCAUCACUAUUACUGCUUUGCUAACAACCAUGAGCAUGAAAGAUGGAUUGUGUUCAAGGACGAGAAUAUAAAGGUUAUUGGCAGUUGGGAUGAUCUUCUUUUCACGUGUGCAAACGCACACUUACAACCUCGGCUCCUUUUCUUCGAAGCUAUAGAGUAGAUGUGUUCUGGACAAAUCACUAGAGUUGCAAUGCAAAUGGCAUUUUUGUUUGUAAAGACAAUUAUGAUGAGGAAGGAUGGAGGAGGAAGCACACAAUUUAUUUGAACAACUAACUGAUCAUGGAAAGUGGUUCUUUACCCCUUCUAUUUUCUUUUUCUUUUUUUGGGCAGGAAGGGUGAGGGGUUCAUAGAAGAACAGAUGAUGCUAUGCAGAGCCUG